AUGGUCCAUACCCGGAGGAAAACAGCUUCGUCCGAUUUCUUUGCUGUCGAACUUAGUAAAAGCCGUGGUACAGCAGCGGAAAAAGUAGCAUCUUUCAAAUUAAUACAAACAAAUGAAGAUGUGGAAGACAUUCAGAAAAUAUAUUGUUUUCCAUAUGGUGCACGUGUACCAACAAAUUUACUGGGUUGCUAUAUUCAUAGAACUUGUCAUAAUGAAUUAAAACUGUAUUUUCAGAGACAGCAGACAGGACUUGAAAACGACAAAUUUAUCAUUAAAGUUGUUGAUAACUGUGACCUGAAUACCACCAGUUUAGAUGGGAAAGGAAGUUUGCAUUAUGUAAAUACUUUAUUUAUCCAAUGUAAUGCAGAAAAUAGUAACAGAGAUAAUUCACAGCAACCACAACCUCAAUCAACAUUUAUCGAUGAUAGUCGUCGUCCGAGAAACAGGCGUUUCAAACUGAAAAAUAUUUCAUCAAAAGAUGCUGAUAAUAGAACUGUUCGAAUUCACCUACAAUCGUUAGAUAAUGAAAUUAUUACACAAUAUUUUGAUCAUUCGAUUACAUUAUCAAAAGUAAUGUGUAAAAGUUAUGAAUGUGAAUUAUUGCUGCGUGGUUUAACGCAUACAAAUAUGGCUUCAUCAAUGUAUCCAAUGCCAUUUUUAUCCGGAUUCUUUUCGAAAUAUAUUUGUUUACUCGAAAUCUCAUCACCAUCUAACUUUGUUUAUGGAUCACCAAUCACACAUGUAGCUAGUUCAAAACAGGCCAUUGAAGAAAUAAUGGCAACAACAAAAAUAUCAAUCGUUGAUUCUAAAUUUCAAUAA